UCCUUUGCAGCAGGGAGCAGCUCAGAGCAUCUUCGCGGCGCCUCGUCCCCCGCUGCACUCGCCAGCCCAGCCAGCCUCCCUCCCGGCCAGCCGUCCACCCCCCCCCCCCCCCCCCGUCUAUUCGCCGCCAUGGCCGUGGAAAAGGACAAGAAGAACUGCGGGCAGCUGCUGAAGGAAUGGAAGGAGUUCAUCUGGAACCCGCGGACCCGGCAGUUCAUGGGGCGCACCGGCAGCAGCUGGGCUCUAAUCCUGCUCUUCUAUCUGGUGUUCUACGGUUUCCUCACCGCCCUCUUCACACUCACCAUGUGGGUGAUGCUACAGACGGUGGACCCCAAUACUCCCAAAUACCAGGACCGUCUCUCCGUCCCAGGCAUGAUGAUCCGCCCAAAGACCGAUGCUCUGGAUAUCACCUACAACGUGACCAACACAGAAUCCUGGGAGAAUUACGUGAGGAUGCUGAACGGUUUUUUGGCAGAUUACAACGAUUCCCGGCAAGCCGCCAACAAUGAGCUCUGCGUCCCAGGCCGCUACUUUGUGCAGCCAGACAACGGCGUUCUGAACCACCCCAAGCGGGCGUGCCAGUUCAACCGCACCAUGUUGGGGAACUGCUCAGGCCUCGGGGACACCACUUACGGCUACCGGGAAGGCCGCCCAUGCAUCCUCGUCAAAAUGAACCGGGUCAUUAACUUCUUUGCAGGCGCCAACAAGACCGUCAACAUUAGCUGCUCGUCGAAGAAAGAGGAAGAUGCCCAGAAACUGGGAGAUAUUGAGAUGUUUCCUGCCAAUGGGAACAUUGAUUUAAUGUACUUCCCUUAUUAUGGGAAAAGAGUUCAUGUGAACUACACGCAGCCAGUUGUGGCGGUGAAGUUCCUAAACCUCACUGCCAACUUUGACCAUCACGUGGAAUGCAGGGUAAACGCCGCCAACAUCGCCACGAACGAUGACCGGGACAAGUUUGCCGGCCGCGUCUCCUUCAAGAUCCGGGUCAACAGGGAUUGAGCCUCUCUUGGCCCCUCCUGGACCUCCCACAACCCCAGGCGCCCUCGAAAGCUAACUUCUCUGUGCAGGCUCCGUCCACUGCCAGGAUGGUGUCUAGAAGGAUCGAGGCAUUGAUGGCGGAAGCGAGGGUGGGAUGGUGGGACCAGGGGGGCCGUCUCAACACUGCUGCUCACCUGAGGGUCGCUAACCUCUGCUACUAGACAAUCCCAGCUCCCUCACCCUGAAGGCCUGGCUUCCUUCCGGCCACCCCUCAACCAGCCCCAGUCUUCUCUUUCCCCCUCCCUGCCGCCAUCUGGAAUGCUACACGGCUCGUUCUAACCACAUUACUCGCUUCCUCCCCCUCCCACCCCACAUAAGGUCUGUGGGGAGCUCAGAGGCUGUGACUCUUCCCUUAAAACCCUUCCCAGAGAUUUCCUAAUAUAAUAAUAAAUGUAUAUAGUUAUUUUUUAUAUAUAUUAAAAAUUAAGGUACUGCUGGAGUCCUCUGUUUUCCUGCGCUACACAUGCACCUUCUCCGCACAUGUCUUUCUCCUUCUCGCACAAUCCCCACCCCCCUGAUUUUUUGUGCCCAUUUAGGUCUCUCCUAGAAACCUCGAAAUAGCUACUGUGAUGGAGGUUUGGUACAUGGAUGUGCUAGGGUGUGGGCUCUCAUUUUCCUAGCUGCCCAUAAGGAAUAGCGGGGGGGUUUUGGCCUGCUGAACUGAACAGUUUGGUUUGCUGCCUGUUGGAAGCCAUUUUGUCUUCCCAAAAAACUUUGUCAUUGUGAAAGAACUGUUGAUGACUUUCUUUUGGCAUUGAUCAAGAAGCAAAAUGGCCGCCAUCACUGGGCAAAGCGGUGAAAGUCUUGAUCUGUUUAUUGGAGAAUGGCAGCCAUUUUGUUACAGGCCAGCCCUGUCAAUAAGUGGAAUUGCGGAUCCUUAAUGGCGAGCAAAGCAGUUGUGGAAUACAAGCUUGAAAUUACAAAAUGGUUCCAUUGGGGCAUAAUGGCCCAAAAUGGCUGCCACCGAUAAUGCCCAGGCUAGCUUGGCAUAUAUAAUUUUUGAUUGUAGGCCACAUUUUGGAAUGGUGGACAAAAGGUGUGUCCUUGAAGGGUGGCCAUUUUGAAUUCCUAGCAAAAGAUAUUGUCACGGCAGCUGUGUAUACACGGCCUGCUGGGCUUAAUUUUCUAACCCCUCUGCAACCCUCUUUUUUCUAAAUAGGAUCUACUGACCUUUUUUUUCAGUGUACAGUUAUUUGAAUCUGUUCUCAUAGUGACACUUUGCACUAAGGGUAAUAUUAAAAAAAAAUAAAACCCACUGUUCCCGCCAUAGCUGGUGUGGGGGGAAAAUGUUAAUUAAAAACCCAAUAGUGGUGUCUUUAGCCACCUUAAUUUUCACUGAUGGAAGUUUUUGCUUCUGUAGAUCCUUGCCUGCCUGGUUCCCGCCCCCCCCCCCCACCUUCCCAGAUUUGGUUAAUAUUUGUUUCAACAAACAAGUGUGUUUGAAAGAAAGUGAAAGUUUGGCAACACAAGGGUUUUUUUCCUUUCCUUUUUAAUACAUGUUGCCCUUUUUAACUUCUGAGGUUGCAUCUUUGAGAAGUAAUUUUGUGCAUGAAUGGAAGGGAGAACUUAAAUUCUUGGCUUUUUAACUUUUUUAUUUUUUGGGUUUUUUUUUGUUUUGUUUUUAUUUGCGGAAUUAUUUAAUUGCCUGUAUCAGAUUUACUGUAAAAGAUGAGAAAUAAAAAUUUAAAAAAUCUG